CCUUGCGCGUGCGGAUGGAGCUGCGCUGCAGCGUGGCGGGCAGCGGCGGGGGCCAGGCGGGCGGGCCGGCGCUGGCCAUGGAGGGCCAGGGCUGCGGGGAGGACUACGAGAGCCUGCCCACCAGCGCCUCCCCCUCCACACACAUGGUGGCUGGGGCGGUGGCCGGGAUCAUGGAGCACACGGUCAUGUACCCCGUGGACUCGGUGAAGACCAGAAUGCAGAGCCUGCAGCCGGAUCCCAAAGCCCAGUACAAGAGCGUGUAUGGAGCCUUGAAGAGGAUGGUGCUCACCGAGGGCUUCUGGAGGCCUUUACGUGGAAUUAAUGUCACCAUGCUGGGAGCUGGCCCUGCCCACGCCAUGUAUUUUGCCUGCUAUGAAAAAAUGAAAAGGACUUUAAGUGACAUUAUUCAGCAAGGGGGAAACAGCCACCUGGCCAACGGCAUAGCUGGGAGCAUGGCCACAUUACUCCAUGAUGCAGUAAUGAAUCCAGCUGAAGUGGUGAAGCAGCGGAUGCAGAUGUACAACUCUCCUUACAAAUCUGUUUUGGACUGCAUCAGGACAGUGCACAGGACGGAAGGGUUUGGUGCCUUUUACCGGAGUUAUACCACACAGCUCACCAUGAAUGUGCCCUUCCAAGCCAUUCAUUUCAUCGUGUACGAAAUCAUGCAGGAGAAAAUCAACCCCCGUCGAGAGUAUAACCCCCGCUCACACAUUCUCUCUGGUGCCAUUGCUGGGGCAGUGGCUGCUGCUGCCACCACCCCCCUCGAUGUCUGCAAGACAUUGCUAAACACUCAGGAGAACAUGGCACUGAGUUCACUAAACAUCAGUGGACACCUCUCGGGAAUGGUGAAUGCCUUCAGGACUGUGUAUCAGCUUGGUGGUAUCCCAGCGUAUUUCAGAGGAGUGCAGGCUCGUGUCAUUUACCAGAUGCCUUCUACCGCCAUCGCGUGGUCAGUGUAUGAAUUCUUCAAGUACUUCAUUACCAAGCACAAGCUGGAAAAGAGAAGCCCCUACUGAAGGACUUGGCGGGAGUGAACCCAGGCUUCACAAGUCUCUUUAUAUAGAAGCUCCAUGAUUCUCUCCUCUUUUGAACAUGCCAAAUUCUGGUGGAUUCACAACUGAAUUUCACUUUUUUUUCUCUCUCUCUCAAAGGGAGGGAUGAAGUGGUCACCGGAGAAAUUAGGCUCCCGUGUUCCUAGAAUCAAGUUGUCCAGAGACUUUUUGUAAUAUAAAUAUAUAUUUAUAACUUUAUUUUUGAAAAAGUAAAAUCGCUAACAACUGGGGUUUCUUUCCCUCUGAACAAAGUCUAAGAUGUAAGGUUACCACCUCACCAUUGAGCUUAGACUGUUCGGGGGGUGGGGAAGAAAUAGCAUUGACGUUUUUGUUGCUAAGAAAGUAAAUAUCCUGUCACACAUCAAAUUUUUAUAUAAAACUUUAAUAUAGAAUAGAUGGAAAAUGUUUAUCCUUUAUUUUUCUACAUAAGAACUUUUGGGUUUUAUUAAUAAGACCACAGGUUGUGGCUGAGCUGUUUAAAGAAGGGCUGAAUUCUUUCGUUGUAACACGUAAGGAAAAAUGACAAAGCUGCUGCUUUUUUUUUU